AUGGCCGAGGUAAUCAGGGACGAGGAGGUGCGCAGGCGCGUGCGACUUGCGCAAGAGUUUCUCGACCCAGACGAUGUCUCGAGGCGAAGCUACCGACCCGACAUUCUGGUGAUGCUCAAUCGGGGCCUCCGAAGACUCACAGUCAGCAUAGACGAGAUCCGCUCACAUAACCGCGAACUGGCCGAUGGUCUGCUCAACUCGCCCUUCGAAUUCACAGAAGCCUUCGACCGCGCCCUCAAAGAUGUCGUACGCACCUUCACCGACCGCCCAAAGUCCGAGACAAGCGACGACGUGGUCUACUAUUGCGCAUACAUUGGCAGCUUCGGCGAGUACUCAUGUAACCCACGUACAUUGGGCUCAAACCAGCUGAACCACAUGGUGUCGCUCGAGGGCAUCGUCACAAAAACCUCCCUCGUGCGGCCCAAGGUGGUCAAGAGCGUCCACUACAACGAGAACAAGCAGAAGUUCCACUCGCGCGAGUACAGAGAUCAGACCAUGACUACCGGUGCGGCGAGCACAAGCGUCUAUCCGACAGACGAUGGUGAGGGAAAUCCACUUGUCACCGAGUACGGCUACUGCAUCUACCGCGACCAUCAGACCAUCUCCAUCCAGGAGAUGCCCGAGCGUGCGCCUGCUGGACAGCUACCGCGUUCGGUUGAUGUCAUCUUGGACGACGACCUCGUCGAUCGCGUCAAGCCUGGCGACCGCAUACAGCUUGUCGGCAUCUAUCGCUCACUCGGUAACCGCAACGCUGGUGCUGGCAGCUCGACCUUCCGCACACUGAUCCUGGCAAACAAUGUUAUCCUUCUCUCUUCCAAGUCCGGUGGCGGCAUCGCCCAGGUUUCCAUUACCGACACCGAUAUCCGCAACAUCAACAAGAUUUCGAAAAACAGGCGCGUAUUCGAGCUGUUAUCGCAGUCACUCGCCCCCUCCAUUUACGGACACGACUACAUCAAAAAGGCAAUUCUUUUGCUUCUUCUGGGAGGACAAGAAAAGAACCUUGAGAACGGCACCCAUCUGAGAGGAGACAUCAACAUUCUCAUGGUUGGUGACCCCUCGACUGCUAAAUCGCAACUUCUGCGAUUCGUGCUGAAUACCGCACCGCUCGCCAUCGCCACCACUGGUCGUGGCUCGUCCGGCGUUGGUCUCACAGCUGCCGUCACAUCAGACAAGGAGACAGGCGAGCGUCGUCUUGAGGCUGGUGCCAUGGUUCUUGCUGACCGUGGUGUUGUCUGUAUUGAUGAGUUUGACAAGAUGUCUGAUGUUGACCGUGUAGCUAUUCACGAAGUCAUGGAGCAACAGACCGUGACCAUUGCCAAAGCCGGUAUCCAUACCUCACUCAAUGCUCGAUGCAGCGUCGUCGCAGCUGCCAACCCCAUUUUCGGUCAAUACGACAUUCACAAAGACCCUCAUCGCAACAUUGCUCUUCCAGAUUCUCUUCUAUCGCGUUUCGAUCUGCUUUUCGUCGUUACCGACGACAUCGAAGACGCACGCGACAGGCAGGUUUCUGAGCACGUCCUCCGCAUGCAUCGAUACCGUCAGCCUGGCACCGAGGAGGGUGCACCAGUCCGAGAGGAGGGAGCUCAGCUCUUGGGUGUCGGUCUCGACACUGAUGCUGAUGCCAAUCGUCCAACGGAAGUUUACGAGAAGUUCAAUCCCAUGCUGCAUUCCGGUGUCACAAUCACAGUUGGACGUGGGGCGAACCGAAGGACCGAGGUCCUCAGCAUACCUUUUAUCAAAAAGUACAUCCAAUAUGCUAAACGCGAGAAACCAAUCCUUACCAAGGGUGCAGCCGAUCACAUCGUAGCAACCUACUCUGCACUGCGGAACGACGAGCUAGAUGCUGGUACCCGCCGCACUUCACCUAUCACAGCGCGUACUCUCGAAACACUCAUUCGUCUUUCCACUGCACACGCAAAAGCUCGUCUGUCGAAGCGAGUAGAGCAGAAGGAUGCAGAGGUCGCUGAACAAAUUCUCCGUUUCGCGCUGUUCAAGGAAGUUGUCGAGGACGACCGCCGCAAGCGAAGACGAACAGUCCGUGAUCCAGAUGCCAUGUCCACAGACGGAGAGUCAUCCGGUGAUGAUGACGAAGACGGUGACGAGCAAGAGGCCACACAAUCUCGCCGCACCGGUGGGCCAUCUACCCGUAACACGCGUACGGGCACUACACGCACCCCCGCAGCCGAAGAAGACGGUGGAGAAGACGACGAGAACGAAGACCUUUACAACGUUACGCCGAAGACUCAGCGCACAACCAAUCGUACACAGUCGUCCCGCGCUGGCGUAUCAUCACAAGUCAGCGCCGCAUCUUCACACCCCGAGUCCCAGCUACCAGCCACACAAACCGAAUCGCAAGAAUCCCAGGACAUCACGCCGGCACGUCUGCAAGUGUUCCAAACAGCGCUUGGUCAACUUAUCGAUGGGCCACUAUUUGCGAACGAUGCUGCAGAUGUGGAACCUCUGGUUGCUGCUGUAAAUGCUAGACUUGGUGGUGGUAACGGGCGCGAAGCAUUUGAGGAAGCUGAGGCAGAGAAGGCACUUGAAGCGCUCAGCGAGAGGAACAAGAUCAUGUACUCUGGAGGUAUCGUAUACAAGAUCUAG